UGUUUACAAACACAUCUCUAAUGAUUGUGGGUUAAAAACGUUUAAACGCUGCCGCAAGUUGGAAUACCAUUGAAAUCAUGUCCAGAAAUCGUAAACGCGAUGCUCAAAGUAGCAGCUCCGAAGAAAUUGACAGUGAGGAGGAGACACGACGUAAAGAUUUAAAGGAAAGAGAUGAAUUUGCCGAAAGACUAAAGAAAAAAGAUGAAGGACGAACACGCAAAGUACUGGAGUCUAGCUCCAGUCGUAAGGCAAUUGAAGAAGCUGCUAAGCGUUUAAAAUUAGAACAUGAUGAUAGAGAUAAAAUUUUGCCACAAUUACGUAUACAAUCGAGAAGAAAGUAUUUGGAAAAACGGAAAGAAGAUAAAGUGGCUGAAUUGGAAGCGGAUAUAUUGGAUGAUGAAUAUUUGUUUGAGGAGUCGGUUUUAACCGACAAGGAGCGUCAGGAAAGAGAAUACAAGAAGCAAUUGUUAACCAUAGCCAAGGAACAUGAAAAGGCACGUGAAUUGGAACGCAUACAGCGUUAUCAUAUGCCUAGAGAUUUAAAAAAGGGAGAAAAAGAGGAGUAUGUGGAAGUUGAUGAAAAUGAAAGACUACCCAAUUCCGAACAAAAAAAAUGGGAGGCAGAACAAUUGGCUUCAGCCAGAUUUCAAUUUGGUGCUAAAGAUGCUAAAGCUCAAGAAGAAUAUGAACUUUUACUAGAUGAUCAAAUCGAUUUCAUACAAGCCCUUACCAUGGACGGUUCAAAAGAUAAAAUCUCAAAAGAACCUGAAAUGACAGAAGCAGAACGUAAACGUAUGACUAUAGAGGAAACACGUAAAUCUCUACCGGUGUAUCCCUUUAAGGAGGAUUUAAUAACAGCCAUUAAAGAGCAUCAAAUUCUCAUAAUUGAAGGAGAAACUGGUUCGGGUAAGACAACACAAAUACCACAAUUUUUGGUGGAUGCAGGUUUUACAAAAGAUAAAAAGAAAAUUGGUUGUACCCAACCACGUCGUGUGGCGGCUAUGUCUGUGGCGGCACGUGUGGCCGAAGAAAUGGGUGUUAAAUUAGGCAAUGAAGUAGGCUACAGUAUACGUUUUGAGGAUUGUACUUCGGAAAGAACUGUUUUAAAAUACAUGACUGAUGGUACUUUACAUAGAGAAUUUUUGUCAGAACCAGAUUUAGGUUCUUAUAGUGUUAUGAUUAUUGAUGAGGCUCAUGAACGUACCUUACAUACCGAUAUUUUAUUUGGUCUAGUUAAAGAUAUAGCACGUUUUCGUCCUGAAUUAAAAUUAUUAAUAUCAAGUGCCACUUUAGAUGCUGAGAAAUUUUCACAAUUCUUUGAUGAUGCUCCCAUAUUUCGUAUACCAGGCAGAAGAUAUCCAGUGGAUAUAUUUUAUACUAAAGCUCCAGAAGCUGAUUACAUUGAUGCUUGUUGUGUGUCCGUUUUGCAAAUUCAUGCUACUCAACCUCUGGGAGAUAUUUUAGUGUUCCUUACGGGUCAAGAUGAAAUUGAGACUUGUCAGGAGAUUCUGCAAGAUCGUGUUAAACGUUUAGGCUCUAAAAUUCGCGAACUGGUUAUAAUACCGGUCUAUGCAAAUUUACCCAGUGACAUGCAGGCGAAAAUUUUCGAACCCACUCCUCCCAAUGCCCGCAAAGUUAUUUUGGCCACCAAUAUUGCUGAAACUUCUCUAACCAUAGACAAUAUUAUUUAUGUUAUUGAUCCUGGUUUUGCUAAACAGAAUAAUUUCAACUCUCGCACAGGCAUGGAAUCCUUAAUGGUUGUGCCGAUUUCAAAAGCCUCAGCUAAUCAAAGAGCUGGUCGUGCUGGACGUACAGCACCAGGAAAAUGUUUUCGUUUAUAUACCGCCUGGGCCUACAAGCAUGAAUUGGAAGAUAAUACAGUGCCCGAAAUACAACGUAUUAAUUUGGGAAAUGCUGUACUAAUGCUUAAAGCUUUAGGCAUAAAUGAUUUGAUACAUUUUGAUUUUCUGGAUCCCCCACCUCAUGAAACUUUAGUGUUGGCUUUAGAGCAGUUGUAUGCUUUGGGCGCAUUAAAUCAUCAUGGAGAAUUAACAAAAUUAGGCAGACGUAUGGCCGAAUUUCCAGUAGAUCCUAUGAUGGGGAAAAUGUUGCUGGCUAGUGAAAAGUACAAAUGUUCCGAAGAAUUGGUGACCAUAGCAGCUAUGCUUUCGGUUAAUAGUGCAAUUUUCUAUAGACCCAAAGACAAAAUCAUACAUGCCGAUACAGCACGUAAAAAUUUCAAUCACAUACACGGCGAUCACUUAUCUCUUAUGCAGGUUUACAAUCAAUGGGCCGAAACAGACUACAGUACCCAAUGGUGUUAUGAGAAUUUCAUACAAUAUCGUUCCAUGAAGAGAGCACGCGACGUUCGUGAGCAAUUGGUGGGUCUAAUGCAAAGAGUUGAAAUCGAUAUGGUCUCCUGUUUGCCAGAAACAAUUAAUAUACGCAAAUCAAUAACAGCUGGUUAUUUUUAUCAUGUGGCACGCCUAUCGAAAGGUGGUAAUUACAAGACAAUUAAACACAAUCAAACAGUAAUGAUCCAUCCAAAUUCAUCUUUAUUCGAGGAGUUACCACGCUGGGUACUGUAUCAUGAGCUGGUAUUUACAACGAAAGAAUAUAUGAGACAAGUAAUAGAAAUCGAAAGUAAAUGGUUGUUGGAAGUAGCGCCACACUACUAUAAGGCCAAGGAGCUGGAAGAUUCAACAAAUAAAAAAAUGCCUAAAGGACAGGGUAGAGCUACAAUGACUGAGUAAUGUUUUUGUCUGGGGAGUGCCGAAAUAAAGAGUUUACAUGUUAGUUUUUUUGUAAAUAUAUGAAUAAAGUACAUUUUUGUAAAAAA